UGUCUGAAACCGCUCAGAGGAAAAGUUUCAGGUUACUGGGGCUUGCCAAGCCCACUGAGGAGCGAGCGGAGCAAAGCGGGGUGGGGACAGGAGGAGGAGCAGGAGGAGCAGGAGCGGGAGGAGCAGCAGGAGGAGGAGCAGCCUUUCACACUCCGCUGCUCCUCCUCUGAUUGGCUCCGGGUUUCAGCUGCUUCGCUGGAACAAAAGGUCAAAGUGGACUGCAGUGUAAAUGUGGAGGCAGCCGAUAAAUAUCCUUGCCUGCAGCUGGAGGUGGAGAGGCAGCGUCAGCUGCAGCAGGUUGUGGGCUCCGCGGGUCCUGCACACCGGGCUUGGCUGGAAGACAUUGGGGGAUCCUGUGCAGAUUCGCACACCAGGAUGGCUUGUGAAAUCAUGCCGCUGCGAAGCUCACAGGAAGAUGAAAGACCUUUGUCACCUUUCUAUCUGAGUGCUCAUGUAUCCCAAGUCAGCAAUGUUUCAACAACUGGAGAACUCUUAGAAAGAACCAUCAGGUCAGCAGUAGAAGAACAUCUUUUCGAUGCCAACAGCUCUGGAGAUCAAAGUUCAGAAGAUUCAGAAACUGGACCAUCAUCAGCAUCUUCCACACCCACCAGGCAUCGGGGCCAUCAAUUUAAGAAGCAGGAGGAUGUUUGGCAUGGUCGAGACAAGGAACUUAUCAAUAAGGAGAAUAUUCCCUAUGGCUUCAGCAACAGUGAUGAAUGUGUUUUGAACAGCCAGGAAGCAGAAAGAUUCCCGGAUGAUACUUGUGAUUAUGUCGGGGAAAGAAGUAAACCCAAGCGUCAAAAACCCAGUUCCAGGCUUACAGAGCUCAGUGAAAAUCACGAUGGGCUCCUGACCAUGGAAAGUCUUAGUUGCAUGCCAUCGCUUGAAAGACCUGGACCUGAAGCUGUUGAACUGAGGUCCAAUGGAAGCAAAGAAGAUGAAAGAGGUGGCGGAGACACCCAGCAUUAUGAGAGCCCCACAAUGAAGAUUCAGGAGCACCCCAGUAUAUCCGACACCAAACAACAGAGGAAUCAAGAUGCCGAUGAUCAGCAGGAGAGCUUUGUCCCUGAAAUGCCCCAGUUGGACCUGACAGCACUGUGUGAUGAGAAGAACUGGGAAGAGCCCAUCCCUUCCUGGCAUCAAGAGAAUGUGGAUUCUGAUGAAGCUCGCCUCUCCCCACAGGCCGGGCGCCUGAUUCACCAGCUUCUGGAUGAAGACAGUGACCCCAUGCUGUCCCCCAGAUUCUAUGCCUAUGGGCAGAGCAGGCAGUACCUGGAUGAUACAGAAGUGCCUCCUUCUCCCCCCAAUUCCCAUUCUUUCAUGAGGCGGAGAAGCUCUUCCCUUGGGUCCUACGAUGACGAGCAAGAGGACCUGACACCUGUGCAGCUCACCCGAAGGAUCCAGACCCUUAAAAAGAAGAUCCGAAAGUUUGAGGACAGGUUUGAAGAGGAGAGGAAAUACAAACCCUCCCACAGUGAUAAAGCUGCCAACCCAGAGGUUCUGAAGUGGACAAAUGACUUGGCCAAAUUCCGGAAACAGCUUAAAGAGUCAAAACUAAAGAUCUCUGAAGAGGACCUCGCUCCUAAGACUCGGCAACGAAGCAACACACUCCCCAAGAGCUUUGGUUCCCAGCUAGAAAAAGAAGAUGAGAAGAAGCAAGAACUGGUGGAUAAAGCCAUCAGGCCCAGUGUGGAAGCUACACUGGAAUGUAUUCAGAGGAAGCUCCAGGAGAAGAGAGUGGAGUCCAGCCGUCCUGAGGACAUUAAGGAUAUGACAAAGGACCAGAUUGCUAAUGAGAAAGUAGCUCUGCAGAAAGCCCUUCUCUACUACGAAAGCAUCCACGGGAGGCCGGUGACAAAGACUGAGCGUCAGAUUAUGAAGCCUCUGUAUGAUAGGUACCGACUGGUCAAACAGAUCCUGUCCAGGGCCAGCACUGUCCCCAUCAUUGGAUCCCCCUCCAGCAAAAGGAGAAGCCCUUUGCUGCAGCCAAUUAUUGAGGGCGAAACUGCUUCCUUCUUCAAGGAGAUAAAGGAACAAGAGGAGGGGUCUGAAGAUGACAGCUCCACGAAGCCUGACUUCACUGUCACUCUGAAAACAGACUGCAGCGCACAAUGCUUUCUGGACCAACUUGAAGAUGAUGCUGAUGGAUUUAUUUCACCAAUGGAUGACAAAAUGCCAUCAAAAUGCAGCCAGGACUCAGGCCUUUCAAACCUCCACUCUGCUUCAAUACCCGAACUCUUGGAAUACCUUCAGGAAAUGAGAGAAGAAAAGAAAAUGAUUCGAAAGAAACUUCAUGAUUUUGAGGACAAUUUUUUCAGACAAAACGGGAGAAAUGUCCAGAAGGAAGACCGUACUCCAAUGGCCGAGGAAUACAAUGAAUACAAGCACAUAAAGGCAAAGCUACGGCUGCUGGAGGUGCUUAUCAGCAAAAGAGACACGGACUCCAAGUCCAUGUGAAGGACUGGCAGUGCGGAUGACAGCUUUCCCAGGAAAGAUAGCUCUGGAAGGCAGCCUUGGAGCUGUGUCUACAAAGCAGGCAAUCUCCUGCCUGUGAGCCAUCAGAUUGGCUCCUGCUUCCAUUGCCUGCCUUAGAAACUGCCUGCAUGGAAGGUGACACAGUGUGACCUGACUUAGGGAUUUUACAAUGGGAGAGUCAAGACUCCUACGCAUGUCAACACACACUGCAGUAGGAACUUCACUGACAUGAGCAGUGAUAAGACACCACCAUCAGACACCCCCAUCUGCAGAUAACUUCUUCCCUGACAACUGAGAAACACGAGGCCAUUCUAAAACUGUGACAAACACAAGCUCAGGACUUCCCUCGCAGAGCCUGCUUGUUGUGGGGGUCUGUGUUCUCCCUGGCCCCACUACAAGGUGACCAUGCAUUGCAUUGGCAUACCAUUUUGCUGCCUUGGCCGUUCCCCCAGGCUGUACCUAUUCACUCCCAUCAAUCCAUUUCCCGUUAGCUCUCAGGUAGAUGGAAGCUGUACCUGCCUGAGGUGGCAGGGCAGUCCUUUCGUUGAUGCUCUCUCUCAGCUGACAGACUUUAAGUCCCUGCCUCAGACUUGUGUAUGCUGAGGACAGCACAACUACAGAAGUAGCUAUGCAGAUGCUCUUUUAAAAUCAGGUGACAGCUGAAGAGCCCGAAAACUCUUCAAGACACUGACUGCACUUUCUAGUCUCAGACAUUUGAUGUUGAACACAAAAUGAGGCCAGUGUUCCUAUGAUAACCUGUUUGGGGCUCAAUUUUGUUCUUGCACUAGCCAAACAAAGAGGUCUUGCUUCAUUUUUAGACUAGGUAUAUAUAGACUAGCACAGGAGAGAGGAGUCUGUAUCAGGCUCCUGGACUUCCCAGAGUUUAAUUUUUCUACGAAAGUAAACCUGCACUAAAAUCCCUAAAUGGAUGGAUAAGAAGAUGUAGCCCUCGGAGCUCAGCUCAUUUUCAAGGCAGAAUCUAGAUCACAGUUUUCAAGAUGAUACAUGGACAAAAUGGUAUGUGGCCAAUUUUGAUGCUCUUUUUUCCCCCCACAGUCUAUGUCACAAAGCUGUCUAUAUUAGACAUUUUGGAGGGACCAGGGAACUUAAAACAUCCAAUCAUUCAUCUCCUCUGUGUGCUUGCUGUCACUCAAUGAUAUGUUCUUUCUUUUCAUCUACUGUGUCUGUCUGAAGAAUGCAGGCUUGGUUUUGCAGGCACCUGCAUGAGAUGUGUGGCAGCCUUGCCUCUGGAAGACUGCAGCAUAGGCUGGGCAGGCAAGCAGGGAGACCUUGUUCUGUUUCGAGAGUCGCCUUCUACAGGGUACAGUGUUAAGGAGGAGAAUGGAAAAUUUUAUCACCAGUUGCAAUGCUAAAACCGGUCUGGGGUUCUCCAGUCAAGACGAUUUUCAGCACUGCUUUCCUCACUGUAGCUCUGUCAUCCGGGGACUCUCUCAGUAAUGGGGGUGGGGUGGAGAAUUCCUUCCUUCAGUUUUCCUUUUACGAAUAAUCACAUAGAAGCAUGAGCUAUGUGUUGGAUAUACUCUGUUCUUUUCCACACAAUUAAAGAUGGUACAUAAUCCUACAAACUUCAGUAUACAUAAAAAUGUAGUUUGAUGUUCUUUGCUCUGCUGUUUACAUUUGCUAUGAUUUCCAGAAGCUAUAUUAGAAAUAAAAUUACGUAAUGUAGGAUGAUUUUCUAUUUUUGAAGGCUGAACAUCAAUCAUUCACGUGACCAAAAAAUUGUAUUUUUAAAAAGAAAUCCAUAUCUCGUCUGUAAUUUUUAAAUACUUAUUCUCCUAAGUAAACUGUUGAAUAACUCAAAUCAGUACCAGUGAGCGUUUAAAGCACAUGGGCUCAGAAGGAUUGUUUUGAAAAAAAAAAUACACUAGAGAUUUUUUUAAAGAUGCAUAUAAAUGACAAGCUACUAGAUGUUUUGAAAUCCAUUGUUUGCGCCAAAGGUAAAUGAACUAAAAGACUUAUCAGGGCUCCCACUCAGUUUUAUGUGAUCAAUAAAAUACCAAGUUAUUGGAAAAUAAAUCAUGUAUGGAAUAUCA